AUGAAUACCCUGAAGUUAAAUAAAUUUUUUUUAAAAAAUUACACAUUAAGUUCAAAAAAUUCAGUGAUUAAAAAUAUUAGAGCCUAUGGAAGUUCUAACCUGGUUAAUGUUCAGGUUAACAGUAAAACAGGAAUUGCUACAGUUUUGAUGUCAAGACCUCCGGUUAAUAGUUUAAAUUUAGAAUUAGUUUCUGAAUUAACUAAUACAAUGGUGCAAAUAGAAAAAGAUAAAGGCAAAGGAAUGAUUAUUUCUUCAUCUAGUCCUGGUAUUUUUUCUGCUGGAAUAGAUAUAAUGGAACUUUAUCAGCCAAACCCAGAUAGAGUUAAAGCUUAUUGGACAGCUCUUCAAGACUUAUGGUUACAUUUAUACAGUUCUGCUUAUCCCACCGCUGCCGCAAUAACAGGUCAUAGUCCAGGUGCAGGAUGUUUAAUAGCAUGUAGUUGUGAUUACAGAGUUAUGGUGCAAGGAAAAUCUUCGAUUGGAUUAAAUGAAACACAGCUUGGAUUGGUAGUUCCAUCGUGGUUUAUUGACACAUUCAGAAAUAUUGUGUCUAAGAGGCAAUCAGAAUUGGCGUUGAUUUCUGGAAAACUAUUUACUGCAGAUGAAGCCCUUAAAAUUAAUUUGGUCGAUGAAGUUGUCGAGGAUAAUAAUGCUGCCAUUGAAAGAGCCAAUGCUUACAUUAGUCAGUUAUCUUCUUACAGUUUGCAUGCAAUGAGUCAGACAAAAUUAUCACUCAGAUAUGACGCAAUUAAACGUCUUCAAGAUAAUAGAGAACAUGAUUUGAGAGUGUUUACUAAAUUUGUCACAUCACCAGAAAUACAAAAAGGCUUACAAGUUUAUUUAGAAAAUAUUAAGAAAAAGAAACAAACAUAA